CGGACUUCAUCUUGAUCCGCCAUAUUUGUAGUUUUUUCACCUCUCUGGUUCAGCGCUCGUCUUCUUCGUCGUCAUCUGUCGCCGGGCUCUGCAGCAUCCUCCCGCAUCCUCCGCUCCUCCGUCCUGCAGCGGGUUUUCUGUCUCUCUGCUGCCGAAAAACACGCUCCGAUCCUGGAGGAAGCACCAGUCGUGAUGUCUGGGUCCCCCGCCCUCUCGGACCUGUCCCGUCUCUAUCAGACAGAGUUCGUGCGCAGUGCCCGGGCGGUGGGGGCACUGUGGGCUGUGUGUACGCUCUGCUUUGCCAUAAACCAGGUCGUGAUCCUGGUCCAGCCCUCGUGGGUCGGGACUGAGGCCAGUCUGCACCAGGGACGAGGACCAGAACCACCCAGCGGCACUCUGGGGCUGUUUGAGGUGUGUGUGGAUUCUGACUGGCCGGUCCCUGAGUGCAGAGGGGGGCUGUCCACGCUGUCCCCUCUCCCUGCAUUCCAGUCUGUGGCCGUGCUGGUGGGUCUGUCCCUGUGGGCUGUGUGGACCAGUGUUCUGUGUCUGGUUCUGUUCAGAUUCUGCAGCGCUGCCACAGUUUAUAAGAUCUGCGCCUGGCUCCAGCUCACUGCAGGUUUCUGUCUGGCUCUGGCCUGUCUGCUGUUCCCUGACUCCUGGGAGAGUCCAGAGAUGAGAGCUCUGUGUGGAGAUCAGGUGUCUAGUUUCUCCCCUGGCCGCUGCUCCGUUCACUGGGCGUACAUUCUGGCGGUCCUGGGGGUGCUGGAUGCCGCCAUCUUGGCUACUUUGGCAUUUGUUUUGGCGAAUCGACAGGAUGCUCUGCUGCCCCCGGACACGAAAGACGUGACGACUGGACUCUUGAUGUCAGCCUAGAGACAAACACAUGACUUCUCCAUCAUCAUUUAGAUCCAAAAUGUCCCCUGUCUUCCAGAUACAAACCAGCGUUCAACAGAUGUAACCUGCUCUAAAAUAGCUUUAUUUUCCAAUGCAUGGAAUUUUAUGUCUGUUUUUUAUAAAUAUUACAACAGUGUCAAAGUUGGUAUCAGCAGUAUUUUAGAUAAAGUGCUCUUUGUAAAACUAGAAAUAAGCAAAUGUGACUCUACCAGUCAACAUUUUCAUAUGAACCCUUUAUUUUUUUGUUUUAUUGGCACUUUUCACAUUACCUAUAGCAAAACAAGUAAGGAAAUACAGCAUCCAAGCACCAAUCAAUCUUAGAAAAUCACUGAUAUUGUAUUUUUAAUAUAUGUUUCAUGUACAGCGAUAUUUACACUGUUAAAGGUUUGGACACACACUCUCAUUCAUCAAAUAUAUAAAGCAAGAUAUAUGGAAUUAUUUUAUAUAGAAAAUAAAGUGAAAUAACUUUAAUAAAUAUUUUUUGACAAACCAAAAGGAUUAAUUUGAGGCUUUCGUUAUAAAAUAUUUUAAAUGUUUAUAAAAUGUAUGUAUAUAAAAUGUAGAAAGUAGUAAACAUAGAAGAGGGUGAGGGUCCAAACUUUGCCUGGUC